AUGGAAAAUGACUUACCAUUUAGAGGAAAAAUUAUUGUCUUUGGUGGUGAUUUCAGACAAGUGUUACCAGUGGUUCGAAACGGAACAAGAGUUCAAAUGAUCAAUGCGUCUUUUAUCAAGUCACCAAUUUGGAGACACGUCAAUAUUUUGCAUUUGAGAGAAAAUAUGAGAUCAAGAGAUGACAGCGCAUUUGCGUCUCGAUUGCUCGCGAUUGGCAACGGAGAUGAACCUACCGUGUCAGAUCAUAUGAUAAAACUGCCAAACCAUAUGGUAAUACCAUCAACUGACGGUGUCUCGAUUGAAAUAUUGAUUGAUCAGGUUUUUCCAAAUUUAAGUCAACAUGUGGGAGAAGGAAAUUAUAUGGUUGAAAGGGCCAUUAUCACACCCCUAAACGAAGAUGCUGACAAGAUAAAUGAUAAGGUCGUUGAGAAAAUUCUCGAAGAAGGAAUAACAUACCAUUCGAUUGAUUGUGUUCCCUAA